GCAAAAUGGCAGACGUCUCUUUGGAUGAAGUGAUACGACAGCGCGGUAUUAAUCUCAAGGCACCAGUUAAACGACCAAUGUUCGGACGAGGUGCCGGCGUGCUUAAAGAAACUCCCACUUCUUUCAGACCCAUGUUCGGACGGGGAGCAGGAGUCAGCAAGAGUUUUGACGCUCGGCAAAAGAUCGGGACCAAUGACGUCAGACAGCGGCUUGGAGCAGGUUUUCAAGUUAAAGAUGCUAGAGAGAAGAUUGGUCAAAUGGAUGCUCGCUUUAAAAUUCGGGGCAGGGGUGGAGCCGGUGGCGUGCAGGAUGCCCGCCAGAUGAUCAACUCGCGCAAGCAGGUGCAGAAUCAGUUCAGCCUCCCUGCGCAGACCACGCUAACGAUGGCAGCGCCACACCAUCUGCAGGGCCAGACACUUGUGCCACAGAUACAGAUCCAAGCUGGCAACAAUCUUGCCAGCGUGAACUCAAGGCAGUUUAACCCUAAUGUACAAGGACUGAGUGCGAGGGGCGGCGCAGUGCCACAGCUAAGCAAUAAUAAGAGAAUGAUGGAUGCUCGUGAUAGGCUGAGCCUCAAGAGGAGCAUCGGAGGGACACAGAUGCAGUCGGCUGUUUCACCACCUCUAAAAAUAACCAAGACCAUCCAGCAACGUCCAGGAACACUCGGGAUGUCAACUGGAAUACGUGGAACCCCAAUGCUUCUCUCAAAUGAGCAUGACGGCACCCUCAAUAAACACAUAAAGAUCACUACUGCUAAUAACAUGCUACAGUCACGGCCCGGUUCAAUAGGCUCCACAUUCUCUAUGUCCGGCCCAAUCACCAAGGUGGUUAAAAAUGAUGCCUACACAGCCCCCCGUCCUCCUGCCCCCGCGGCCCCCACCCGGCCUAACAGCAGCAUGGCUGCUAACCGGGCCUCCGCUGCAGCCUUGCAACCGGUCUCCAGGACUCUCCAGCAACACACAGCGGCUCCCAGCACAGCGGCUCUUCCCCUGCAGCCUACUUUCAGUCCCUUGGAGGGGACCAAAAUAACGGUGAACAACCUGCACCCCCGAGUCACUGAGGAGGACAUAGUUGAACUGUUCUGUGUGUGCGGGGCCUUGAAGCGAGCACGGCUGGUGAAGGUGGGCGUGGCUGAAGUGGUGUUUGUGCGUAAAGAGGACGCCGUGAGCGCGUACACGAAGUACAACAACCGCUGCCUGGACGGGCAACCCAUGAAGUGUAACCUUCAUAUUCAGGGAAAUGUCAUCACUUCGGAUCAGCCCAUUUUACUGAGGCUCAGUGACACUCCCGGCGCAAGCGGCGGCACAAAGAAAGACGGUCUGCCCCCCUCCUUGUCCCGGCCCCUCGGCCAGCGAGCCUCCUCUCAGCCCACUCCAGAAGUGGACCCUCAGACCAUCCUCAAAGCUUUGUUCAAGUCCACCACACAGUCCACCUCCACCACUGAGCCCCCCAGCUCACAGGCCACCGCCUUUAGCAUCAAGAUAUAGGUUGUGUCUCGUGUGAAUACACCGUCUGUCGUUUGUUUAUAAACAUAUUGCUACAUUCUCCGUGUUCACAUGCAAACUGCGCCGUUUCAUCUUGACAGCGGGCAGCCCUACGUUCUCUCAUAAGAAACCGAUUUUUACACAUUUGAUAUACACGACUUCUCUGAAGUGUUCUCGGUUUUACGUCAUCCAAUUGAUAACCUGUGUGUUCCUGAUAUGGACUAGUGGAAGGAAAUGUGAUGUGAUUUGUUGUUUUAAUCUAAUGUGGCGGACGCCAAAUCAAACUGGAUGUGUAGGGUUUUUUUUUUUUUUUUUUUAUCGGUCAGUUCAGUUCAAUUUUGUUUUUAAUACUCCAGGUUAUUUCCACCCAUCCUUGCGUCCCACCUCAAAAAAAUGGGAAUGGAAAAGAAUCUAAGAAAAGGAAUACAGACAGAUACUGAGAAGCGUUAUCAUUGAGAGAAACGUUCUGUUUACGGCUCUGUAUUGCCACCCAGAUGUGUGCUGUUAUAUUGCAUGUGCCUCUUUUUUUCGCAUUUUUUAUGUGGCAAUAGAACUAAAUUGGAAUAUAGACCAAACUCAAAGUAGAAACUAUCGGAUAAGGCAGGACUAUGAAAAUAUUCUACGUAACUUCAACCUGAAAAGAGGUAUUUCUCUCUAAAAUGGCCGAAAACACUUGGGUGAGUAAACCGGGGACUGACCGCAAAUAAUACCACAAUUUCAAUGUCAUAUUACGUUGAUAUUUAGUUUAACCAUCCUUUGGCAACCAGAAUCUUGUGUACUCUAUAUGCGACUGGUUUUACAUGGUGGUUUGACUUUGAAGCAGUACAUGUGUAAUUCUUCCCUCGUAUACAUUGCACCUGAUUUAUGUUCAAAGACUGUAAAUUACUUUGUUUUCUGAAUCAGUCGAGAGACCAGAGGUCAGAUCUGUCUGUCAAAUGUUGCCAUUAAAUAUUUAGCUUUGUA